AUGUCUAAGACAGCGGUGAAGAAGCUGCACUGGCGCUCCAAGGUGCAGGACAGCUUCGUCCCCCUGCUCGGCUCGUCGGGGGAGCUGGGGAUCGCCAUCGGCGGAGGAGCAGAUUAUGGAGAGUUCCCCUUUGUCACGUCGGCUCCAGGGGGCGGACUCACAGUGGGCGAUAUCAUCCUCGAGAUCGGGGGAACGCCGGUCUUAGGGAUGACAUUAGGAGACGUCCGGGGCGUCCUCAACUCCUGCCCCCAUCCCAUCCGCAUCAAGACUGUGUCACCAGGCUCCACAUUGUGCAAGGAUCUCAGGUUGUAUCUGAGCAAGUGUUUCACUCCCGGCUCAGUGGACAGCCAACUUCAGCAGGUGAUCCGAGAGAACCUCUACCUCCGCGCUGUUCCCUGUACGACCCGACAGUCCAGAGAUGGAGAAAUUUCAGGCGUAGACUACAACUUCGUCUCUAUCGAGGAGUUCUUCGCCUUGGAGGAGUCAGGAGCGCUGCUGGAGAGCGGAAAGUUCAAAGGGAAUUACUACGGCACACCCCGGCCGGUGCACAUCAGCGUGGAGAGCCCCCCCAUCACCUACCAGGAGCAUCGCAACCUGCUCAGGAACUUCCGCACACGCAGCAAAUCGCUCAGCAACCUGGAGAAGGCUGCAGAGGACGGCGAGAACAGCGAGGACGACUCGGGCCUGUCAGGAGGCUCUGCAGGUGUCAGCAGCAGCGUCCCUCCAAGCCACCGGUCACCCGGGCGGCCCCGGGCCUCCAGCAGCGGCGAUGGUCGCGGGAUCAUCGGCAGCAGGUGCGGCAUCAGGCUGAGAGGUGUGAUGCCUGACCACUGGGAGCAGGCCUUCAGCGACCCCGGAGAGUCCCACUACAGAGAGCGCAACCCAAAGAGGACCAACUGGCAGAGUCGAGGCUCGAGCAGGGAGACCGUCUACACAAAUGAAUGGUUCACGGAGCAGCCUGUGGAGCUCAGGGGUUUCCCUGUGCACACACUCCUGACUAAGGGCUCCAGAGGGUUUGGCUUCAACAUAGUGGGCGGCAGCCGGCCCAGAGAGUUCCUGCAGGUGUACAGUGUGACUGCAAGUGGACCCUCCGCACUCAAGACAGCCGACAUCCUGGUGUACAUCAACGACGUGUGUGUGUUGGGAGUGUCUCACAAAGAGGUGGUGGAGAUGCUGAAGUCGGUGCCUGUGGGCCACAGCGUGGACGUGGAGGUGAGCAGAGGGUAUCCCAUGCUCUACAACCCUGAUGGUUGUCCCAAGCAGCCCCCGCCGAGGCUACUGGACAGCGGGGACCCCAUCCUCCCCCCCACCACCACCCAGCCUCAGCCCCUCCACCAACUGCCUCGCCUCCUGACCCCCAAGCCCCGCACCAUGCACUUCAGCUACAACGGGGUCCACAGCGAGGGCAGCUACGUUGAGCCGGGCGUGACUCUGGACGCCAACGGAAACGCCACGUCCUUCCUGAGCAGGCAGUCCUCGUACAGACGCUGCAGUAUGAGCAACUCCCCCCCCCCCGUGCGUCCUCCGCGUUCCCUGAGAAGUCUGGCCCGGCUGCAGUCGUUCGACCCGACGCUCGCCAGCCAGAGCGACAGUGAAGUCGUUUCUGCCAUCGGCUCUCACAGAGCAUCAAUGGUCCGUAACCACAACAAUAACUCGCUGUCAGCGCCGCCUCAGCCUUAUCGCUACGCCUCCAAGUCGUCUGAGAGCGACCUGUCCACCUGCACUCUGUCGGGGUCCCGCCUGCCGCUGCCUCAGUCCCCGAGGAGACCUUCGUCCUCCCCCGGCGGCCCCCACGGCGCUCACUCCCGCCUCUUCCGACCGCAGAGCUCCCACCUCAGACCUCCUCCCACCCCCGACAGCCCACACCAUCAGCAGCAUCAGCACCGUGGCUACAACGGUUUCCAUGGCAACAGCAGCCCCACCGCCAGCCCCAGCAGCGUGACCUCCCCCGGGGCGGUGAGCGCGGGCAGUCUCAGCGGAGGCGAGCUGGUGCCGGUGGCCUUGGCCCAGACGGGCGGAGAGCGAGGGCUCGGCUUCAGUGUGACGGUCGGAGGUCCAGGAGGCAGGAUGACGAUCGUGGAGAGAGUCUGGGACAGGAAGCAGUGCAACGCUCUGCAGCCGGGGGACGCCAUUGUCAAGAUCAAUGGAGCCGAUGUGCAGAGUCUCAGCUUUGAGCAGGUACACACAGUUCUCCAGGAACACACCAGACAGGCAGAAGUCGUCCUGUUGGUCUUCAGAGGAGGUAUUUAUCAUUCCACCGUCUCCCCCGGCUCCCUGCGGAGACUUCCUCCGCCUCUGCUCCGCCCGCCUCCUCCACCUGAAGGAUCGGACCUCUCCUCCGCGCUCCCAGAAGCGCUGCCCGUGCCUCGUGCCUCCCUCGGCACGCCGCCCUCCCCGGCCCCCAGGAUGCGCUCCUCGCUGGUCCAGAGCACCAGCUUCCUGGAGUCGAUUCCAGUGACCCUGACGAUGGAACCCAAAGACUGGAUCAACACGGGCCUGGAGGACGAGGCGGGCGGCGGCACGCUGCCUGAUCCCGGGCCGGAGAGGCAGAACGGGGAACGGACUCGGCCGCUGCGAGGGUUCGAUGUGGAGCUGGGGAGGAAGCCAGGAGAGGGCUUCGGCUUCGUCAUCGCUUCUCAGGAUGUGGAGAAUGGUAAAGCCGCUUCACUUCUCCCUCACCGGUUCGUAACGGUCCGUCGAGGCAGCCCGGCGGCAAAGAGCGGUCAGAUCCGUCCCGGAGAUCGGUUGGAGGCGGUGGAGGGACGCUCGGUGGUGACUCUGCCUCACCGGGAGCUUGCUCAGAUCCUUCGCCGAGCGGGAAACACUCUGCGCCUCACCAUCGUCCCCCGUCCCAGCACCUACUCGUCAAGCCUUUCAGAAACCACCGAGUACGACCCCGGGCACAGAAGCAGAAAGGGUCAAAGGUCGCGUCCGAAGCGUGACUCCAGGUAUUACAGUGUGGACCUGGAUAGAGGCCUCUCAGGCUUCGGCUUCAGCCUCCGAGGGGGCAGCGAGUACAACAUGGGGCUCUACGUCCUGGGACUCAUGGAGGGGGGGCCGGCCUCACGCAGCCAAAGAAUGAAGGUCAGCGAUCAGCUGGUGGAGAUUAACGGGGACAGUACAGCGGGGAUGACCCACAGCCAGGCGGUGGAGCAGAUCCGCAGAGGAGGCCACCGCAUCCACCUGAUCCUCAAGAGAGGAAACGGCUACGUGCCCGACUAUGUGGAGCUCUCCAGUUUGUCUCUAUGUAUGACCAACUCCAAGCUGGGCGAGCCUUGCUUCUAUGUGAUUGGACGGACGGAGAAUACGCGGUUGGUAAUGGUUCCUGCCGUGAGCACAGAAUCGGCCCCCCCCCCCUCCUGCAUCACCCCGAGGAGCCGGGUUUGGCUGCAGUAGACU